AUGAACAAGUUGUUAGAUGCCCUUGUCAGGGCUGAGAACAAGAUUCAAACCCAUGUCAAGACCAGGUUGAACAAUAAGGUGCCUUCACAUUUCCCACCAGUCAUUUUCUACACUCUGAAGGGGCUAGGCAGUCUUAGUAUGUUGUUGAUGGGUCACAUUCUGAUUCCACAAAGUGACCUGAGGUGGUUGAAGCAAACUGAUAUUACCCACUUCCAAGCCAGUAUGUUCUAUGAAGAGGACCAACUCAUACCCAACUUGUACUGUUAUCUCUGCCCAUCAGAGGCAGAAUUGGAAACCCUGGAUUCAGCCCAUGUCUGGUUAGAAUACUCCAUGAAGUGGAAGGAAGCAAACACUCAAAGCCAUUGUCUCACUCUUGAAGACCUUGAAGACAGCUGGGACAGAGGUAUCCCCCAUAUCAAUACUCUGUUCCAGAAGGAUUGCCACAUGUAA